UGACUACAUCAAAAUGGUGAAAGUCCUCGACCCAUGCUAAAAUGGACUUUUGGGCACAUGAGUCCUCUAUCUCUAUGGGAAAUCUAUUGAAGCGAUAUGGAGAAAGCAAUGAAGCCUCCCCCAUUUUGAAAACCAGGGUGUUUGCAGUUAGGGUGAACGGUUCAGAAUGUUGCAGAAAUAAAUUGUAUUAAUAAAGCUGACACAAUUCCCAAUUCUACAUAACAGGCCAGUAAAAUCCAGGGUUUGAGUGAGGAGGAGAGGGACCACUUACUCCCCCUGCUACGGAACGCCCAAUGGGUGGAGGUUGUGGGAAGGGACGCCAUCUACAAAGAAUUCAUCUUCAAAGACUUUAACCAGGCCUUUGGCUUCAUGUCCAGGGUGGCACUACAAGCUGAGAAGAUGGACCAUCACCCUGAGUGGUUUAACGUGUACAACAAGGUCCAAAUCACACUCAGCACACAUGACUGUGGGGGCCUCUCUCAGAGAGACAUCACUUUGGCUACCUUCGUUGACCAAGCAUCGGUCCUCUAAACAAUUCGUGUCCUGCUGCCAUUUCAGCUUGUCAUUUCAAUUAGACAUUUAGUAGACGCUCUUAUCCAGAGCGACUUACAGUAGUGAAUGCAUACAUUUCAUUAUUUUAUUUUUUAUUCGUACUGGCGGAACCCAGAGCAGAGCCUGCCUAUUCAUCGCUCUCCAUACGUUCAUUCAGAUGACUAACCUUUAACAGGAAAUUAUCAAACAGGAAAUUGCAUCACAGAAUCCCAAUUAAUAUUUAAUGUUUACAGGUCACUUAAUUCCCAAACAUUUUGCUGGUGUGGUGUUUAUUGCUAAACUGAUGAAGCCAAAUAUACCUUUAAAAAAUUGCUUUGGUGGAAAGUGGAUUUAUUAGCAACCAGUGAUUAGCUAGUAAAAAUACCAUAUACUGUAUAUCAAACAUUCCUCUGUCUCCAGCUGAGCGGAAUCAGGUAAUUUAAAAUCAAGUGUCUAAUGUACAUAUUACUCUAGCUCGGACUCUCAACCUUUGAAAUCUAUUCGCUCAUUCCAACAUAUUUGCUAUAUAAAACACUGAUUUGUCUGUCUAGUCUGUGUCUGAAACGGUUGUCCUCUGUAAUGUUUUGUAAGUGACAAAUAGUUGUUUGAAUAACCA